UCUGACGUCAGAGAUGCGCUGUUGUGCGCGGACAACAGAACCGGGAGCGGAAGUGCUCUUGGCGGAAGUGCUGGUUGCGCGAAUCCUGGGUAGGAUGGCCGCAGGCAGGCGCUUUCUAAGGCUGGUGCGAGCCCCCUGCAGUUCCAUGGUCCAGAGCCCCCUCCUGGGCGUGCCCCCCUCCAAGGGCCUGCACGCGGGGCACGGGCCCCGAAGGCUCUCCAUCGAAGGCAACAUUGCUGUGGGAAAGUCCAGCUUUGUGAAGUUACUCACGAAAAGGUACCCAGAGUGGCACGUAGCUACAGAACCUGUAGCAUCAUGGCAGAAUGUCCAGGCAGCUGGCCCGCAAAAAGCCUUCAGUACCCUAAAUCCCGGAAACCUGCUGGAUUUGAUGUACCGGGAGCCAGCACGAUGGUCCUACACAUUCCAGACAUUUUCUUUUAUGAGCCGCCUAAAAAUACAGCUGGAGCCCUUCCCCGAGAAAGUCUUACAGGCCAAGAAAGGGGUACAGAUCUUUGAGAGGUCUGUGUACAGUGACAGGUAUAUCUUUGCAAAGAAUCUGUUUGAAAAUGGCUCCCUCAAUGACAUGGAGUGGCAUAUCUACCAGGACUGGCAUUCUUUUCUCCUGCAGGAGUUUGCCAGCCAGCUCCAAUUACAUGGCUUCAUCUACCUUCAGGCUACUCCCCAGGUUUGUUUGAAGAGACUACACCGGAGGGGCAGGGAAGAAGAGAGAGGAAUUGAGCUGGAAUAUCUUGAGCAGCUUCAUGGUCAACAUGAGGCCUGGCUUGUUCACAAGACCACCAAGCUCCACUUUGAGACUCUGCUGAACAUUCCAGUGCUGGUGUUGGAUGUCAGUGAUGAUUUUUGUGAAGAUGUAACCAAAGAAGAAGAAUUCAUGGAAAAGAAGCUCACGGGCUUAGCCACGUCCUCCUGUGGAUGGACUAUUGGAUAGUGUGCUGAAAAUGUGAAAUUGAACUUUGGGCUUCCUCUUUCCCACAGGUAAACACCUUCGUAGAUACUUUGUAACCAAUACUAGGAUGUUGUGGCUGUGAUCGGGGCUUCUAGGACUUUCUGAAGCUAGAAAAACACGAAGCCAACCACCUUUCCAUCCCCACCCCCAUGGCCUUUUGCUCUAGGGCUCUGACACUCCACUGUGGUGUCUGUUACCUAAGAUUAUGCCAUGGUCUUCUUUUGUAUCUCAAAGUCUUCUAAAUAAAGUUUAUUUAAGUUUUGUUUAUUU